UGCCCUUUCUCACCGCACCCACCCGCCGUCUUGCUUAGGCCAUCCCAGACCACCGCAGACGUUGACGCACAUUCGCAACCAUGGACGUUGCCGGCCUGCGGGACCGGAUCCAGGCGACGCUUGACGCGAACGCCGCCAUCAGACAGCAAGCCGAGCUCGAUCUCAAGCAUGCCGAAGAAAAGCCAGGCUUUGUCGAUGGUCUGCUGAACGUCCUCGAGCAGGAACAGAACAACGCCGUGCGCCUGUCGACCGUCGUCUACCUCAAGAACCGCGUCUCCAAGGGCUGGUCGCCUGCCGAGGAAUACAGCCAGGCCAUCCCCAUACCAGAAGAGGAGAAGGCCGCCUUCCGCAGUCGCCUCGUCCCUGUCCUCGUCGCCUCCCCGCCACAAGUGCGCAUACAGCUCAUUCCUACCCUCCAAAAGAUACUCGCAUACGAUUUCCCCGCCAAAUGGCCCGACUUCCUCGACAUCACUGUACAACUGCUGAACGCGGGAAACAUCGAGUCAGUCUUCGCCGGUGUCCAGUGCCUGCUAGCGAUAUGCAAAAUCUACAGAUUCAAGUCGGGCGAGAACCGGGCAGACUUCGACAAGAUCGUCGCCAUGACAUUCCCCCAGCUGCUCAACAUCGGUAACUCGCUAGCUGGCGAGACGAGUCUAGAGGCUGGAGAAAUAUUACGGACGGUGCUCAAGGUGUACAAGCAUGCCAUCUACUUCGACCUCCCCGCAUCCCUCCGCGAGCAGCAAGUCAUGGUUGGUUGGUGUACACUCUUCUUGACCGUCGUCGGCAAGGAACCCCCGGAGACGUCUCUCCCCGAAGAUCUCGACGAUCGGGAAAUAAACCACUGGUGGAAGGCGAAGAAGUGGUCGUACGCGAACUUGAACAGACUGUUCGUCAGGUACGGCAACCCGUCCGCGCUCGGCAAGAACAACGAGAUCGACUACACCGAAGUAGCCAAGACCUUCAUCACGAACUUCGCUCCCGAGAUCCUCAAGGUCUACCUCCAGCAGGUCGAGAAGUGGGUCGGGAAGCAAGUCUGGCUGUCAAAGGCCAGCUUGUACUACACACUCAACUUCCUCGACGAGUGCGUCAAGCCCAAGUCCAUGUGGACUCUUCUCAAGCCACACACCGACAACCUCAUCGCGCAUCUCAUCUUCCCAGUACUGUGCCAGUCGGACGAGGACAUUGAGCUUUUCGAGGAAGAGCCACAAGAAUACCUGCACCGGAAGCUGAACUUCUACGAGGACGUAACCGCACCCGAUGUCGCAGCGACAAACUUCCUUGUCACACUCACGAAGAGCCGUCGUAAGCAGACGUUCACCGUGUUGAACUUUGUAAACGAGGUCGUCAACCGGUACGAGGCCGCCCCCGACAAUGAGAAGAACCCACGAGAAAAGGAGGGUGCUCUGCGCAUGAUUGGCACACUCUCUGGUGUCAUACUGGGAAAGAAGAGCCCGAUCGCAGACCAGGUUGAAUACUUCUUUGUCCGCCAUGUCUUCCCCGAGUUCCGCAGCCCCCACGGUUUCCUUCGUGCGCGCGCAUGCGACACGCUUGAGAAGUUCGAACAGCUCGAUUUCAAGGACCCGAACAACCUCAUCAUCAUCUACCGCAACAUUCUCGAAUCCAUGGCCGACCCGACCCUCCCAGUCCGUGUCGCCGCUGCUCUGUCACUGCAGCCUCUCAUCCGCCACGAUGUCAUUCGCACCAAUAUGAAGCAAAACAUUCCCCAGGUCAUGCAGCAACUCCUGAAGCUCGCCAACGAAGUCGAUGUCGAUGCGCUCGCAAACGUUAUGGAGGACUUCGUCGAGGUCUUCGCCCCGGAACUUACACCCUUCGCUGUAGCGCUCAGCGAACAAUUGCGUGACACCUACCUGCGUAUUGUGCGGGAGUUGGUAUCAAGGAACCAAGAGAAGGGCGAAGACAGCGAGUACGGCGACUUCCUUGAUGAGAAGAGUAUCACCGCGCUUGGUGUAUUGCAGACGAUUGGAACUCUUAUCCUUACGCUCGAGAGCACUCCCGACGUCCUCCUGCAUCUAGAGACCAUUCUUAUGCCUGUCAUCACCAUCACGCUCGAGAACAAACUCUAUGAUCUAUACAAUGAGGUCUUUGAGAUCAUUGACAGCUGUACCUUCGCCGCCAAGAGCAUUUCCGCCACCAUGUGGCAAGCGUUUGAGCUAAUACAUCGGACGUUCAAGGCUGGUGCCGAGCUAUAUCUAGAGGACAUGCUUCCCGCGCUCGAGAACUUCGUCAACUACGGUACCCCAACUUUGAUCCAGAACCGGUCAUACCUCGAUGCCAUUGUCGACAUGGUCAGAACAAUCUUCAAGGACGACAAGGUUGGCGGCGUUGAUCGCAUCUGCGGUUGCAAGCUGGCUGAGAUCAUCAUGCUCAACAUGCGUGGCCAUGUUGAUGACUACGUCCCGGAGUUCAUUGGACUUACCAUGCAUGUCCUGAUGAACGAUGAACCUAAAGUUAAAUCCUUGAGGAUACAUCUCAUGGAAGUGGUCAUCAACUCCAUCUACUACAACCCUGCCCUGGCACUGCACGUACUGGAGACGAACGGUUGGACGAAUAAGUUUUUCAGUCUCUGGUUCUCGAGCAUCGACAACUUCACCCGAGUUCACGACAAGAAGCUGUGCAUCUCCGCAAUCUGCUCCCUCCUUACCCUAUCAGCCCAGAAUGUCCCUGUCAGUGUACAGCAAGGCUGGCCACGUCUAUUGCAGGGUGUUACCCGGUUGUUCCAAACCCUCCCCGCAGCCUUGAAAAACCGUGAGGAAGCCAAGAAGGAAGACACCUUUGACUACUCCGCCGAAUUCGAAGAAGAGGAAGACGAGGAGUGGGAACAAGAAGCCGACUGGAACAACGAGGCGGACGAGACUGAGGAUGUCAAGGACGAGAGUGCCGCUUACCUGGAUUUCCUUAACGAGGAGGCGCAAAAGUUCAGUUCGCUCGACGAUGAUGACGACGAUGAGCUAGAAGAGGAGAGUCUCCUCGAGACACCGCUUGACAAAGUGGAGCCAUAUGGCAUGUUCAAGCACGCAUUGCUCCGUCUUCAACAGGAGCAGCCCGCGCUUUACGAGAACCUCACCAAGAACCUCAGCGCAGAGGAGCAACAAGUGGUUCAGGGUGCUGUUCACCAAGCCGACAUUAUCGCCCAAGUCCACGCCGAAGCUCAAGCAGCUGCUGCCAACGGCCAGCCAGGCUUACCGCAGCAGUAGAGUUGCUCCAUCGAUAGCAUGGCCUUCAUCCUCCAGGAGUUUGCUGAUCGAGCAUGGGUCGCUCAAAACGCCACCCCAACAAUCGCCCCAGAUGCUUCUGGAGAAGCAUGGCUCAAGGACGUAGCCACAAGGUUGUCUCAUCCAUGUUGGGACGAUGUACAACUAUAUGGCAAAGAACUACU